AUGUCUAAUUCUUCUUCUAAUUCUUUAUUUAACCUUCCAGAUGUCUUAAUCGACAGAAAGAAACAACCCACAAUUACCCGCAAACCAUCAAACUCGCACGGCUGGCCUGGUUCUACUACUUUCUCCGACCUUCACAAUGCUUCUACAAAGGCUCUUGCAUCUCUCCACAACUUUGACUUAACCCAAAACCAAAACCAAAACCAAAACCAUAUCCCACUAACCCUCACUCAAUCUUCUACUGAAAAUAUCAACACUACAAACCCCCUCUUCUCUCAUGGUGGACAUCAAGGAGGAUGGGGCGGCCCUCCUCAAGGAGGUCAUCCCGGUGGUUGGAACGGUCCUCCCCAAGGAGGCCCCCACGGUGGUUGGAACGGUCCUCCACCCCCAGGAGGCCCCCACGGUGGAUGGAAUGGACCACCACCUCCAGGAAGUCCUCACGGUGACUGGCACGGACACCCGGGCCAUCAUCCAGGUCCUCACCAUCCUGGUGCAUAUGCUCCUCCUCCUCCUCCCGUCGUAGUGGCCCCCAGGCCACCAGCAGUUGUUGUUGCCCCACGGUCUCCAGCAGUUGUUGUUGCCCCACGGUCUCCAGCAGUUGUUGUUGCACCAAGAUCUCCAGCAGUUGUUGUUGCACCAAGAUCUCCAGCAGUUGUGGUGGCACCAAGACCUCCUGUUGUGGUGGCACCAGUGGCUCCCGUCGUUGUGGUUCCUCCACGACCGGCUGUCGUUGUUGUAACCCCAAGUCCUACAGUCAUGGCAGCCAGAGCUAUUGUUCGCCGCUCCAGACGGAAUCGCAAUUAG